AUGUCGUCCACGUUCAGCGAUGAGACAUGGCGUUACUUCAGGGAGAAGUGUGUAUCGCUUCUGGGAGACGGGAGUGUUGUCAGCGCGGGCCUAGACAACAAGAGCAAGUCGUAUCGCAUACAUCUUGUCGCGGACCUCCGUGAGGGCGUCAGGAAGGAGUGGAGGAGCACCCCGAUCAAACGCCCAAAGGGCCGCAAGACGGGUCGCGACCGGGGUGCCGAGCACAAGUUCUUCGAGGACUGGCGGCCAUCUGAGGGCGGCAACGUCGUCGAGCGCCUGCGAGACUCCAGGCACCGCAUUGAGGCGGAGGCAGAAGCGGAGGUGGCGGCAGCUCGAACCAAGAGACCGCGGGACUGUCAUGCCAGCGCCGCCGAACAUGCACGCCCCGAGAAGCGCGGCGGCAAGCGCGAAGGCGCAGGCAGGCCACGCGGCAGCUUCGGCCCGAAGAAGCUACGCCAGAGGUCAAGGGGUUGAAGCAGAUCUUGUUCGAGAGGGGGCUGUUGGUUGACGGGAUGUCUAAGACGGGGUCGACGCGUGGUUCUAAACCUAACGAGGCCUUGAGCAUGGUGGCGGUGUUGGGUAAGCAGCUCGACUUUAAGAAUGUCGAUCCCAGUCUGAUGGUGCUUGUCAAGCGCUGCGGAGGUGUUGCAAUCAUGCUUCCCAAGUUCCACUGCGAACUCAACCCGAUCGAGCUAGUGUGGGGU